GACCAUAAAGCAGGAAUUCCGAAUGGCGACAGAGGAGUUUGGCUACGACAUUUUGAUAUAAAUGUUGUCUCAUACGCGAUAAUGAUUCAAGAAUGCCUUCCUCUGCUGCAUAAAUCACUUUCAAAUCGAACCCCAGCUACGAUCAUCAAUAUCUCCGGAAGGAAGGGGUCUAUAGAACUGUGCCCUGGAACGGAACGAGUUCAUGGAAAUUACGCUUAUAUGUGCAGCAAGACAGCUGUGAAUCACCUUACUCGAAUCUUUUCCAUCGAAAAUCCAGAAAUACUGGCCGUAUCAGUAUGUCCUGGAUGGAAUCGAACAGAUAUGGGAGGGCCCAACGGAAUGACGGACCCGUCAGAAUCAGCUCCACAGCUUUUGGAUACGGUAAAUUUGAUGACAGUUUCUGAACAUUCAGGAAAAUUCUGGGAUCGAAAAGGAAAGCCGAUUCCUUACUAA